AUGGGUUUCAAGGGCAGCAUGUACACUUGGUGGAAUGGUAAAGCGGAUGGGCAAUGUAUUUUCAAAAGGUUGGAUAGGUGCUUAGCUAAUCAGAGACUGCAGAGUCUAUAUCCUAAUUUUGAAGUGGAGCAUCUUAUCAAACAAGGAUCUGAUCAUUCACCUCUUUUAAUUACUUGUAAAGCUGAUAGCAGGGUAAUUAGAAAAUCUUUCAGAUUCUUAAAUUUCUGGAUUGAUCAUCCCUCUUUUCUGGAUGUUGUGAAAAAUAAUUGGAAUGGAAUACAUGGAUCAGAUCCAUUUUAUAUUUUUCAUAGCAGAUUAAAGAAGUUGAGCAAAGUAUUAUCUAAAUGGAGUAGAGAUACCUAUGGAAAUAUUUUCAAACAGAUAGAUACUUUGGAGGAAAUUGUUAAGAUCCAUGAACAAGAAUUUGAGAAAAAUCCUUCUGGUGCUAACAGAGAGAGGUUACAAAAGGUUCAAGCAGAGCUUAUUAAUUUCUAUGCAGUGGAGGAGAAAUUCUGGAAGCAGAAUCAGGAAUGCAGUGUGUGGUUGGAUAGAGAGGAGGAUAUUGUGGAGGAGGCCAUCACAUUUUUUCAGUCUCAGUUCACUGCUGAAACAGAAGCCACAGAUUUUGAGUUGCUAAAGCACAUCCCAAAGUUGAUAUCAGAAGAACAGAAUAAGGAGAUAAAUGAGUUUCCAGAGGAGAAUGAAAUCAAGAAUGCUAUUUUUGGAUUGAAUGUUAAUAGUGCAGGGGGUCCAGAUGGUUAUACUGGGAAGUUCUUCCAAGCAACCUGGGAGAUUAUUGCAAAAGAUAUCAUUACCAUGGUACAUUCCUUUUUUUGUGGACAUGAACUUCCAAGGUAUAUUACAUGCACUAAUCUUGUAUUAUUACCUAAGAAUAAAGAUGUGGUUACUUGUUCAGAUCUUAGACCGAUAAGUCUGAGUAAUUUUAUUAGUAAAGUGUUCUCCAGAAUUAUCAAUGAGAGACUAGUGAAAUUACUGCCACUUAUUAUAUCUCCUCAGCAGACUGGGUUUGUGAAAGGCAGAAGCAUUGUGAAAAAUAUACUUCUUGUUCAAGAAAUAGUCCAUGAAAUCAGAAUAAGGGGCAAGCUAGCCAACACAGUUAUCAAACUGGAUAUGGCAAAGGCUUAUGAUAGAGUCUCUUGGCUAUUCUUAACAAAAGUACUGAGAAAGAUGGGAUUUGGAGAGUUUUUGAUUGAUAUGGUAUACAGGCUCAUUUCAAACAACUGGUACUCUAUUUUAAUCAAUGGACAGGCUCAGGGAUUCUUUAAAUCAACUAAGGGAGUAAAGCAAGGUGAUCCUCUAUCACCUACUUUAUUCAUAAUAGCAGCAGAGUGUAUGACCAGGGCAUUGAAUGAGUUACACAAGAAAGAAGGAUAUGUAGGUUAUGGCAUGCCAAAAUGGAGUCCAUAUAUUAAUCACUUGGCAUAUGCAGAUGACACAAUUAUUUUCACAUCUGCACAACCACAUACUUUGAAGCUUGUAAUGAACACAUUGGCAGAAUACGAGAAGAUCAGUGGCCAGAAAAUCAAUAAAGAAAAGAGUGCAUUUUACCAAUCUGUUUCUCAGACUUUGGCAAAUAGUGUAGUAGAGUGUACCCAUAUUCCUAGAAAGGAAUUCCUUUUUACAUAUCUUGGUAUACCAAUCUACUAUGGGAGGAAAAGAAUUGCUCACUUUAAGGAGAUCACUGAGAAGAUACAUAAUAGGUUAGGCCUAUGGACUAGAAAACUAUUGUCAAUAGGAGGAAAAACAACUCUUAUUAAUCAUGUGCUACAGAGUAUGCCUAUCCAUUUAUUAUCAGCAUGUGAUCCACCAUCUGGAGUGUUUGCACAAAUUCAUGGAAUGUUUGCUAAGUUUUUCUGGAGUAAUUCAGUUGGAAACUCAAGUAAGCAUUGGGACAUCUGGUGGCAAUUAAAACAAGGAAACUCUUACUUCUGGUUAGACAAUUGGACUGGAAAAGGAUCUUUAUGUCAUAAUCUGCCACCUAAUCAUCCAUGUGAUCUCACAGUAGUGCUAGUGAAUGAAGUUCAGGAAGAAGGAAGAUGGAAGGAGGAGCAGAUAAGGGCACUGGUACCUAAAGAGAUGGCCAACCACAUUUUACAACAUGUUCAGCCACCUACUGGAAAAGAUACUGUAGAUAAAGCUUACUGGAAGUUGGAUUCUAGAGGUAUUUUCACAGUGAGUUCAGCAUACCAGGUAAUGAGACAAAGAAGAGAGGUUAACAAGGUGUACGAAUACAUAUGGAUUAAAGGUUUGCCUACUAAAAUAUGUUUCUUCAUGUGGAGAAUGUGGAAAUCCAAGCUGCCAUUAGAUGAGACACUGAAGAAGUGGGGUUUUCAAUUUGCAUCAAGAUGUAAUUGCUAUGAAAUACCUAAGGAAGAGACCAUAUCACAUGUUUUCUUAAACUCUCAUGUGGCCCAAACAAUAUGGAAAUAUUUUUGUGGUCCUGCUGGUUUUAACAUUUCUGGUAUGCAUCUUUCUCAGGUAAUAAAUCUAUGGUGGGAAGCUACAGUUAAUCAGCACAUCAGGAGAAUUUAUCAGGUGAUUCCAACAAUUAUAGUAUGGGAAAUAUGGAAGAGGAGGAAUGCUAUUCUACAUGGAGGAAAGAUGACUGUUAAUAAAUUAAAGUAUCAAAUAUUGCAUACUGUAGAUUUAUUCAUGAAGGCAAGCAGAAAGAAUUUUAGAUAUGCACCUUACAGUUGGAUGGAUUUUAUCAAGGCAUUACAUGCUUAUUCACCUAAACUGAAGGUAAUCCAAGUGUGUUGGAAACCUCCAGAUAAUGGUUGGAUAAAAUGUAACAUUGAUGGGGCAUCUAGGGGAAAUCCUGGAAGAAGUUCUUGGAGCUUUUGUGUUAGAAAUUCAGAUGGAGAUUUGAUAUAUGCUCAAGCAAAGGAAAUGAAGGAUGGCCAUUUUUCUAAUACUCAUGCUGAAGUUGAAGCUAUUCUACAGGCUCUAAGGUACAUGAACAGAAUGAAUAUUCUCCAAAUGGUGGUGGAAACAGAUUCUAUGUUAUUGAAGAAUGUAAUUGAGAAGAGGUGGAACUGUCCUUGGCAUAUCAUUAACAUAUUGGAGGAAAUCUGGAGAAUUAUGGGGGAAAGAACAAUUCUGAUUAAUCAUAUAUUCAGGGAAGGAAAUAAACUUGCAGAUUUCCUUGCUAAUGUAGCCUUUGAUAAAGGGGAUGUUAUAGGUUUAGCAUACAUGGUGUUUUCACUAUGGACUAUCCAAUGUGUGGUAUUAGCAUCCUUGGAUGCUCAUUCCGUUGGAUAG